AGUAUGAACACCGUAUCCCCUACUAGCCCAAUGGCUCCUCUGGUAACAAAUAAUCCCGUCUUGCCACCCCCUUAUCAGCCUCCGCCGCCUGCCGCUCCGGGGUUAUACCCAGAUCUUACUGCUCUUAAAGCUGAUCUUAAGGCUUCUGAUUCUGCUGCAAAGCCCAAGGCCAGACCAAACACCUCAGACCCGUCCCUGUCUCUGGCUGUAGUUAAAGUCCCCAAGCCCGAUGAUGAUGAUUCGGACUUGGACGGGGAAGAGACCCGGACUACGACCCUGGAACACGCCCCGAUCCCCCACCGGGUCCGUGGACCCCGGGAUCGGAACGGAGUUCUCUGGCUGUUGCUGUCUUGGACAGCUAUGGACAGGCUCCAGGCUUUGUUGACUAGAUAUCUGUCCACUCGCAAACAGCGUAGGCAGGAUUUGUCUCAAGUAACCUCAUGUAAGCAGGAGAAGGGUGAGCCAAUUGUUAAGUUUUGGGAAAGGUUUAAGAAUGUUUGGAUUUUCCAGGGUGGUAUGGAUGUGAAUGAGAAAGACCCGAAUGUUUUGCUCAUUAAUACGUUCAUGAGUAACUGUCGUGCUGAUUGUCAGCAGAUGCUGAAAAUGCAGCUGACUGAUCGGAGUAACUUGAGAAUACAGGAUGUAGGGAAGAAGCUUCGUAUGAUGGAAUCAGAUGGGUUAUUUGAUAUGGCCCCUAACACAGUUCUGUUGCAGUAUCAGGGAAAUCCAGGUUCAGGUCAGGUCAGAUCUAACCGCAGGCCGGACAGGCCAGCCCCUGAUAGAAAACCAGGGAACUGUCAUUACUGUGGCAGGGAGGGUCAUUGGCAACCAGAGUGUAGAAAACGUGCGAGGGACUUGAAGGCAAUGGCGAAGGGCCCUCCUCGUCCUCAUGGCCCUCUUCCUCCACCUCCCCCAGUAUAGGGCUGCCCACAGAGUCUGGUCCCGAGUGAAGCUUAUCUUAGCACUACUUUUUCCUCUUUCCAGAACCACGAUCUUCCCGUUAUUUCGCUUAACGUGUCGGGCAUGGACUUCAGUUUUCUCAUAGAUACUGGUGCCACUCUUUCUUCGCUCGGACCUAAGUAUGAGGGCCCUUUGUCAUCUAGAACCACUAGCUCUGUGGGUAUAACUGGUCAGCCCUUUGUAUCCCAUUACACUCCCCCGCUAUCAGUUCUUUGCGACGACCUCCGUUUUUCCCAUGCGUUUGUUUUUAUGCCGGACUGCCCGUUUAAUCUCAUGGGCCGUGACCUCAUGAGCCGCCUUGGCAUUACUCUGACUUUCAGCGGCUCUCGCAUGUCUGUUUCCACUGGCUCUCCCUCUAGAGAUUUGCAGAUUGCUAACAAAUCAUAUAAGUCUUUUUCACCUGCUUUCUUUUCUCUCUCUCCCUCUGACAGCUCAACCAUCCCGAAGCCUCUCAGCUCCAUUCCUCACACGGUCUGGGCCACCCAUAAGGAUGACGUGGGGUGUGUAGAUUGUAAACCCUAUGAGGCCACUCUUAAACAUUCUACACCGGUGUAUGUGAAACAAUACCCACUGCCUGAACACAAACUGCGUGGUAUCGACUCCAUUCUCACUACAUUGCUGUCUCUGGGCGUGGUGGUCCCGUGUCAAAGCACCUACAAUACCCCAAUUAAUCCGGUUCCUAAGCCGGACGGGUCUUGACGUUUCACACAGGAUUUGCGACGCUUAAAUGAUGCAGUGGUGCCGAUAGCCCCUAUUGUUUCUGACGUGACAUCAAUUCUGUCAUCGGUUCCUUGCCAUCAUGCAUUUUUCACCGUGAUUGAUGUUAGUUCCGCUUUUUUCAGUAUUCCGGUUGAGCCUGACACACAGCCCAUUUUUGCGUUCACGCACCGUCAGCGCCAAUAUACGUGGACUUGUUUGCCGCAAGGUUUUUGCGACUCACCUGCCGCUUUCGCUGCGUCGCUUAGGGACCUCCUUUCAGACCUCUCCCUCCCCGGGGGCGCUGUGCUCCUGCAGUACGCGGAUGACCUCCUGAUUUCGGCCCCAGACGAAUGCACCUGUGUUGAUGCCUCCAAGCUGGUUCUCACACGGCUGGCUGACUUAGGCUUCAAGGUUUCACUGAAAAAGUUGCAGUUCUGCCUCCCGCGUGUGCAGUACCUAGGCCAUGAACUCUCUCAAGGUCAACGCCUGCUCUCUGCUGACCGGGUCUCUUGCAUCACAGGCCUUCCUAAACCUGCCACCAAACAGGCCAUGAUGUCCUUCCUGGGUCUCAUCAAUUACUGCAGACAGUGGAUUCCCGACUGCUCCACCCACGAUAAGACCCUGAGGGCCUCCUUCUCCCAUGAACAGCCCAUGUCUUCCUCCCUGACUUGGACUGAUGCCAUGAACACUGCCUAUGUGGCGCUGCUUACUGCCCUUCGUUCUGCACCUGCCUCGGGCCUUCCUAACUACAACCUGCCAUUCCAUCUCUGGGUGACGGAGUCUGGGGGUGCCGCGGCUGCUGUGCUUGCUCAGUCCCACGGGGGGGGGAUGCGCCCUUGCGCAUACUAUUCGAAAACACUUGACGUUGCGGCUAGAGGUCUCCUGUCUUGUCUCAGAGCGGUCGCAGCUUGUGCGGAGGAAAUCGUUUUAGGUCAUGCCCUCACCUUGCAUAAUUCACAUCAGGUGUGUCAGCUUCUUAACAAUUGUUCCACACAGCAUUUAUCGGCCCAGCGCCGUGCAGGUUAUGAGAACAUUCUUCUCGCCACAGAAAAUCUUUCUAUCCGUCCUCACUCUGCCCUUGAUUCUGUGUCCUCUGCUCUCAUGCGCCUGCUUUCCUUGUCUGACUCACACACUUCUUCCUCUUUUGACUUGCAUGAGUGCACUUCUCGCCUGGCCGCUGAAACUUCUAUUCGCCCGGACGUCCUGUCCACCCCCCUUUCUAGUGGUCUUUCCUUCUAUGUGGAUGGCUCUUGCUCUAAGCCUUCUGACGGCACUUUCCUUUGUGGUUACGCUGUCUGCUCCCCUCCCUCUGCUGUUGUGGAGUCCUUCUCUCUGCCUUUCUCCUCUGCUCAGGCGGCCGAAUUGUAUGCUAUCACGCGCGCCUGUAUUCUCUCUCAGGAUCAGGACGUUACUAUUUACACUGAUAGUCGUUACGCUUUCGGUGUCGUACACGAUUUUGGAGGUAUAUGGUCUCAACGUGGUUUUGUUACGUCUGAUAAUAAGCCCAUAUCUCAUGCCUCGCUUAUCGAGGUCCUCAUUCGCGCUAGUUUCCUGCCUUCUCGUCUUGCUGUGGUCAAGGUCCGUGCUCAUCAGCGUGGCUCCGAUCCUGACUCUGUCGGGAAUAACGCUGCUGACUUUGCCGCCAGGCGUGGCGCGCUCCAUGGGCCCCCUUGCCCGUUUCUUGACUCCUCCUCUUUCUCCUGUGCUGCUCUUACUGUUGAUUGCCUCCCUGGCCUGGAUCUGGUUGAUAUCCAGUCUUCUGCCUCGCCUUCGGAUGUGCAGCAUUGGCUCUCGUGUGGUUAUGACUCUGCUGUUGUGCCGUUCCGUGACGGUGCCUCAUGGAUCGAGUGUACGCUCUGGCCUCCUCGCUCAUCCCCCACCGGUCCGACUACGUCUUUAUGGCACAGACCGUGCGACAGCCCGUCUACGCGUCAUUGGAACCAUCUUAUGAUGAUGCUGUUUCUGUUUCUGUAUUCGUGUGCAGGCAGGAAGCCACUCGUUAAGAAGCUGAAGGAUGAUACGGUAAGCUGCUCAGUGCCAGCCCAGGACAAGAUAUACACCAUUGGCUGCCAUUUUUUACUCAAGAGUGGCAUGAGUUGCUACAUAAAGUAUGAGGAUGGAACCGAGUGUAAGGAGCCUCUGGGCAUCAGCUGGCAGGAGGGGGCGCUGGAGUGUGAGAUUGAGAACAGACUAAUUCCUGCCAUUUUAAAGGUCAAGAGGAAGUCCAGCACUCAGGAUAACAAAACCAGCAGCUCAACUAAAGCAACUCCACCCAGAAAUGCUGCAAAGGGUACCAACGUCGUGGCUUCUACCUCACCUGGAACCCCCCGGACUUCAGAUGUCUGUUCUACACUCACUGUUUCCAAUGACUCCCUGCUGGUGGAGUACGGAGAACCUGUUAAAGUGAACUGCUCCAUACCAUCCGAACCUUCAUCAGUGUACAAGCUGGGCUGGGAGUCUCAGAUUUAUUCUGACGAUACUGUGAAUGAGACAAGUUUGGUGUGGACAUCGCCCAGUCUGACAAAGUGGGAGGUGAACGGAAGAGAGAUGUUCUGUUACCUGUCAGUGCCGAAUACAGAACAAUGUAAACGGAAGGUCCAUCUGACGCUUUACAAGCAUCCAGACAGUGUGAAGAUCAGCUCUGAGUCCAGCGUGUGGUCAGAAGGUCAGAUGAUGAAGCUGAAGUGUGAGAUUGAGAAUGUGGGUCCAUUACAGAACCUUACUGUGCAGUGGACCAGAGUGGACCAGAACAACAACAUGACUGAAAUGCCGUAUGGAAGUUUCAGAGCUUCUGGAGAGGAGAGGAAGAACGGGAAUGUGACGUCCACACUGAAUGUCUCAGCCAGCCGUGAUGAAGAUGGAGUCCAGUAUCAGUGUACAGCUCUACUGAAGCUGGAGCAGCUCCAACAACCACAAGUGGGAUCAUCAGAACGUCUGAAGCUCACAGUGCACUACAAGCCCACCAUAACACAACUUUCCAACGGUACCAUAUCGCUAACUCAGGGUGAUGAGCUGGUUCUGAACUGUUCAGCUCAUGGUAACCCCAGUCCUCAGUACUCCUGGAGCUCACCUAGAAACAAGAACCACACAAACUCCUCCAUCUUCAUCAACAGCGUCCAGUCAGAGGAUCAGGGUCAGUACAUCUGCACUGCCAACAACGAUGAAGGCUCUGAUUCAGUGACUGUGGUGGUUAACGUUGUAGAGGACUACAUGCUGAUCAUCAUUGUCUGUGCUGUGCUUUGCUUGGUGUUGCUGGUAAUUGUGGUCUCCUUUUGCUACUGCAAGUAUUACCGACACACCCACAUGGGCCACUACAUCCUGAAGAACCUGACAUCACAUAGACACAACUGCAACGUGGCCCACAAUGACACAGACCAGAGCCAGCUGUAGCUGAAGCUAAGCUACUCAUAGCCUCAGACGCUUCGCCAGAGCUGGCUUAUGAGGAAUCUGGCCACUUCCUAUUUCCCCUGUUAUAUUAAAAACACAACUGCAGAACAGCAGAGGGCGCCCUCGAGGGAGUCGGGGUGAAUGGAACUCAAAGGCUAAAAACUAAAAGUUAAAGCAGUUUAUAAUCUUUUACACAAAACAUUCUUUUAAUUUUAGACAGCAGACGGAAGUGUUUCACUAAACACCAAAGGAAACUCACCUGUAUGUUUCCUUUAUCUACAAAAAACAGACACUAACACUACUGCUACUGAGAGCUGAUUGGUUAGUGUUACUGCUACUGAGAGCUGAUUGGUUAGUGUUACUGCUACU